GUCACCGUGUUGCCAUUGAAUAGCAUGGAAUUAAACAUCUCUGUCUGAAUAAAACCUUCUUCAGUGUAUAUGUUUGUGCUAACAGCCGCUGUAGGUUGCAGCGCCACGUCAACCCAGUGUUUUGUACUUGAAUGAAUGGUUGUUGUCCUCGAUCAUGUCUUCUCUCUGAGAUACUUUAUGUUCUAUAAUUAUGUUAUUUACGUUCUCUACUUGCCUUUGACAUAUGAUACAUCAAUAUGUCAUUGGAUUUAGGUUCCUCCUAAUUUAUUUAUUUAUCAGCAAUAACUAGGUAAUUCAACGCAAUAACUGGCGAUUACUGAUAUUCGUAAGAUAAACUACAUAUCCCUCUCACCCUGCACCCUAUAAUUCCUCCCAAAAGCUAGGUUAAGACGUGUCCUAUUAUGUAAUGUUAUUCAACCGAAACUAAAAUUUUAUUGCAGAUAUGUUCCGAUUAACCAUAACCAGAGCCCUAAACGGGGCCAAAGUUACCCCCAAACCAUUAUUCAUUGCCGCCCGACUGCAGAGUGGCGAGGCAAAGAAGCCAGAAAAGAUUGAAGUCUUCAUAGAUGAUCAGCCUGUCUUAGUUGAACCUGGAACAACCGUUCUGCAGGCAGCAGCCUUAAUAGGCGUCGAAAUACCUAGGUUUUGCUAUCAUGAACGUUUAGCUGUUGCUGGAAACUGUAGAAUGUGCCUUGUUGAGGUCGAAAAGUCUCCCAAACCUGUGGCUGCAUGUGCUAUGCCAGUUAUGAAAGGUUGGCGUAUUAAAACAAACUCAGAGAUGACCAGAAAAGCUCGAGAAGGCAUAAUGGAAUUCCUGCUAGUAAACCACCCCUUGGACUGUCCCAUUUGUGACCAGGGAGGAGAAUGUGACCUUCAGGAUCAAAGCAUGGCAUUUGGUUCAGACAGGUCUAGGUUCACAGACAUUGAUUUUUCUGGAAAGAGGGCAGUGGAAGAUAAAGAUAUUGGGCCUCUGGUAAAGACUAUCAUGACCAGAUGUAUCCAUUGUACUAGGUGUAUUAGGUUUGCCUCUGAAAUAGCAGGAGUUGAUGAUUUAGGUACAACUGGUCGAGGCAAUGAUAUGCAAGUAGGAACCUAUGUAGAAAAACUGUUCAUGUCAGAACUGUCAGGAAAUGUGAUAGACCUGUGCCCUGUGGGUGCCCUUACAAGCAAGCCUUACAGCUUUACAGCCAGGCCAUGGGAAAUUAGGAAAAUAGAUUCAAUUGAUGUAUUGGAUGCUGUAGGUUCAAAUAUCGUUGUAUCCACAAGAACUGGAGAGGUUAUGAGGAUUGUACCUAGGGUAAAUGAGGAAAUUAAUGAAGAAUGGUUAGCAGAUAAGUCUAGGUUUUCAUAUGAUGGCUUGAAAAGACAAAGACUUGUUACUCCAAUGAUCCGAGAUAACACAGGUGCAUUGAAACCUGUUGAUUGGGAAAUUGCGUUACUGACAGUUGCAAAAGUCAUUAAAAAUGCUGGGUCAAACAUUGGUGCCAUAGCUGGUGGAUUUGCGGAUGCGGAGGCUUUGGUAGCCGUCAAAGAUCUCCUGAAUAGGUUGGGCUCUGAAGCCUUGUGCACCGAACAUACUUUUCCUCUGGAUGGUUCAGGUACCGAUCUUAGGUCCAGCUAUCUCCUGAACAACAAAAUUGCUAAUGCUGAGGAAGCUGAUUUGGUGUUGCUGGUUGGUACUAACCCCAGGUUUGAGGCACCUUUGCUGAAUGCUAGGUUUAGGAAGGCUUGGGUGCAUAACGAACUGGAGGUCGCGUCAAUAGGCCCAAAAGUGGACCUCAGAUACUCAUAUGAGCACUUGGGAGACAACCCUAACCUCCUCCAGCAGAUCGCCAGUGGUCAACACGAGUUCAGCAAAAAGUUGAAGGCCGCCAAAAAACCCUUGAUCAUUGUUGGCUCUGAAUCUUUAGAAAGACCUGACGGCUCGGCCAUUUUAUCUGCUGCGCAGUCGAUCGCGGCGCAAGCCAGCUGCAGCAAGGAUUGGAAGGUUUUGAAUGUUCUGCAUAAGGUUGCCAGUCAGGUUGCCGCUCUUGAUAUUGGUUACGCUCCAGGGGUUGACAAAAUCAGGGAAGGAAACUUCAAGGUGCUUUUCUUAUUAGGAGCGGAUGAAAAUGCUGUGGAAAAGUCUGAUUUGCCCGCGGAUUGUUUCAUAAUUUACCAAGGUCACCAUGGAGACAGGGGCGCAGCAAUGGCUGACGCAGUGCUACCAGGGGCGGCGUAUACAGAAAAACAAGCAACGUAUGUCAACACAGAAGGCAGAGCUCAGGAGACAUUGGCAGCUGUCACGCCACCAGGAAGAGCUAGGGAAGACUGGAAAAUUAUCAGGGCACUCUCGGAGAUAUUAGGUGUCAAGCUGCCCUACGAUAAUUUGAACGACAUCAGAGAUAGGUUGGAUGAGGUAGCACCACAUCUUACUCGGUACGGGUCUGCAGAGGACGCGAAUUUCGUCAGUCAAGCACAGGAGCUAGCCAAGAAAGCCAAGGUGCAGCUGGACAACACCCCCUUGGACGUGAAAAUCAAGGAGUUACAAGACUACUUCAUGACAGAUUCGAUAAGCAGAGCCUCGCCUACAAUGGCGAAAUGCGUUCAAGCAGCUUUGAAACAUCAGCAAUCCAAAUAUCAAUAAGACAUCAUAGUUUAGAGAUGCUAUUAGUGAGCAGUACGAAAUAAGUGUACAUUAUACAACUUUUAAAAAUAAUAAACCGUUUUCUUUUUUAUUCUGUCCAUAUUAUUUAUAAGUAUCACUGAGUUACACGAGUUCAAAGUACACACUUGUAUAGAGAUGUAAGAACUGUAAAUUCUGAAUAUAAAUUAAAUGUA